ACAAACCGGCCCGUCGCAAUCUGUCAACGUACGCUUGGAAAGGACAAAAUUCUUCUGCCCUUUCGCACACGAAGCAUCACUGAAAGGUAUAUCGAUGCAUGCAACUAUAAUCGAAUUCUAACUCAGUUCUUCACCUCUGGUCAUCAGAAAUUCUGUACUACUGUACUUGCUCUAAGCAAGCAAUGUGAGCCAUGCGUGGAAGGGUUGCAGGCCUCUAUGUGUACGAAGCACAUCAACUUCUCUGACCUCACCAUUCCGCAAGAGCUAGCCAUCUCCCUCCCGCUAUAAACAAUACUGCAAGCUUAAUAAUGUCCCAUAAACUACUCACGCAAAGCAUAACACAUCCCAUUUGAGCAUUAGCCUGGCAAACCUGGCAGCCUCCUUGCCAGGCCAAGCAGCAAUGGAAGAGAUUCGGAGAUCGAUGGAGGACCUGCAGCACCGGGCAGGCCGCGUGGCGCGGCGGGCCGUGCUGUUCCGGGUGCCGCGGCGGUCCGCGGCUAGGGCGGCGGGGGCGGCGCCCGCGGGGGGAAGGAAGAAGAAGAUGACGGUAGCGAGGCUCGGCGGGAAAAGGAGGUUCUUUGGCGCGAUCCGGCGGCUGCGGAUGCGAUGGAUGGCGGCGCUGUACAGGCGCGCGCUGCGGCGGCUGCGUGCGUACUACGCCAGGGCGAUCCAGGACCUCCUCGAGGGUGCGGCGGUCGUCAGCUCCCUCCGUGCGCAGGCUGGCGCCGACUGCUCCUUCGGCACCGCGUUCGCGCCGGUGGUGACCGUCGGGCACUGAGAUCUGUCACGGGCUCACGGCUGCAUGCUGUGUUGGGCUUUGCUUGUUUAGACGCCUCUCUCUCUCUCUCUCUCUCUCUCUCUCUCUCUCUCUCUCUCUCUCUCUGAGUCUCUUCAAUUGCAUUUCUUUUGCUCUUUGUGCCGCCCUUCCUCCUGUUGUUCGUAGCUAGUAAUUUAGCAUGUCAAUUCUUGUCAUGCACUGUAUUGUAUGGCUACUUCCUGGAAAAGAAAGAAAAAAAAUAAAAACUCUUUUUUUU